AGGAUCAUCUUUGGAAAUAUUUUAUUCCUUUUUCUCGAUUUUGAGUUUGUUGGGCACGUGGAUUGUGUUGUUGAGAUUGGAAUCUUCUGCCGUCGUCGUUGUUGUUUGUGUGGCGAAUGUGUAUGUGUAUUUAUGUAAUAGUUGUUUUUCAGUUACCGAUUUUGAGUUUUUUGAGCAUGAAUGAGUCCGGCGAAGCCGAUUUCUGGUGAUGAAGUAGGAAUUAUUCGACGUCAUUUGUGCGUAUGUUUAUUUGUUUCGCAAAUUGUCCUUUGAUUUGCUCUGCGAUUUGGACCUGCAUUGCGAUUGAGACUUUGAAGCUGAGUCGAAGAUUUGAGCACUGAAAAAUGAGUGAGAAGAAUUUAAACACGCCUCUAAUGCAGCCAUCUUCCUCUUCACAAAAGCUCCCCGAUUUCAAACAGUCAGUUAAACUGAAGUAUGUGAAGCUUGGAUACCAUUACUUGAUUACCCAUGGCAUGUAUCUAUUUUUAUCUCCCCUGGUGGUGGUGGUUGCAGCUCAAUUGUCGACGUUCUCUCUGCAAGACCUUUCUGUUCUAUGGAACCAUCUUAGAUUCAAUCUUAUAUCAGUGAUAGUUUGCUCGGCACUUCUGGUGUUCUUGUCGACAGUCUAUUUCCUCACACGCCCCCGCCCUGUGUACCUUGUGAAUUUUGCUUGUUAUAAGCCCGAAGAUGCUAGGAAAUGCACUAGGCAGAUUUUCAUGGAGAGAUCAUCCUUGACGGGUACAUUUACUCCCGAGAAUCUUGAAUUCCAGCGGAAGAUUCUUGAGAGGUCCGGCCUUGGUGAAUCGACUUAUCUUCCUGAGGCAGUUUUGAGGGUACCGCCAAAUCCGUGUAUGGCUGAAGCAAGGAAAGAAGCUGAGACAGUAAUGUUCGGCGCCAUUGAUGAUCUGCUUGCCAAGACAUCUUUGAAGCCUAAGGACAUUGGCAUUUUGAUUGUGAAUUGCAGUCUUUUUAAUCCGACGCCUUCUUUGUCCGCCAUGGUUGUUAACCAUUACAAGCUCAGAGGAAACAUUAUCAGUUACAACCUCGGGGGUAUGGGCUGUAGUGCCGGCUUGAUAUCCAUCGAUCUUGCUAAGGAUCUUCUACAGGUGCACGCGAACACUUACGCUUUGGUGAUCAGCAUGGAGAACAUUACACUGAAUUGGUAUUUUGGGAAUGAGAGAUCUAUGCUCGUUUCAAACUGUCUCUUCCGUAUGGGAGGCGCUGCAAUCUUGCUGUCGAACAAAAGAUCUGAGUACUGGAGAGCAAAGUACCGGUUGGUCCACACUGUCCGGACGCACAAAGGCUCCAACGAUAAAUGCUUCUCUUGUGUCACACAGACGGAGGAUCCCAUUGGCAAGAUCGGUGUUUCUCUAUCGAAAGACUUGAUGGCUGUAGCUGGCGAUGCCUUGAAGACAAACAUCACAACUCUCGGCCCUCUCGUCCUUCCCAUGUCCGAACAGCUCCUUUUCUUCGCAACCUUGGUUGGGAAAAAGCUAUUUAAGAUGAAGCUGAAGCCUUACAUCCCGGACUUCAAAUUGGCGUUCGAACAUUUCUGCAUCCAUGCCGGCGGAAGGGCCGUGCUGGAUGAGGUUGAGAAGAACCUUCAGCUGUCGGAUUGGCACAUGGAGCCUUCGAGGAUGACAUUGUAUCGGUUCGGAAACACCUCGAGCAGCUCCCUCUGGUACGAAUUGGCGUAUUCGGAAGCCAAGGGAAGGAUCAAGAGAGGCGACCGGACAUGGCAGAUCGCGUUUGGGUCCGGGUUCAAGUGCAACAGUGCAGUGUGGAAAGCUCUGAGGACUAUAAACCCGUCGAAGGAGAAGAGCCCGUGGAGUAAUGAAAUUCAUCAGUUUCCUGUAGAGGUUCCUAAGAUCUCUUCGAUUAAUUCUUAGGUUUACCACAUACAACAGCACAAUGUGUAGCAGCAGCAGCUUCAACUGGACUGGGAAUCUCUCACAGGUUAGUGUUGUUAUGAUUUUACGUCAGUAUUUUUCAGUCAUCGUAUAUGUGUUAUAUGUGCUGUCUGUACUGUGCUCGAUCCUUCUUUAGUUGUGUACUCCCUGUGUCACUCCCCUGUUUAGGUUUUAGGGUAGAAUCCAAUCCCCAUUGCUAAUUUCAAACCUACUUGAAUCUUUA